AGAAUGCGGAGGGGGCAGUACCUGUGACGUCUGGUCUCCCCCACAACAGGAGGGCGAAUGGAAUCGGAAGGACAAGAUCUUCGCAGAAGGCAACAAGAAGGCGUGCUUCGCUGUUCAUCUAGAGAGGAUCCCGCUGUUCCACAUCGCCACGACCGUUGGGCCCUGCGUCAUCCUGGUGGUGCUGAUGACCAUCACCUUUAUCAUGCCCAUAGACAGGGGAGACCGGAUCUCCUUCGGAGUGACCAUCCUGCUCUCCAUGGUCGUGUCUCUCGUGUUUGUCACGGAGGUACUUCCUGUGAAAGGGGCGCUGCCGUUUUUCGCCACGCUUAUCGUCGUCUGCAUGGGGCUGAUGGGACUUUUCCUGUUCUUCACCAUGUACAUCAUCAGCCUCCACGACAAGGAGGGGAGUCUGUCACCAAUGGCCAAAACUUUCUUUCUCCACUACAUGGCAAAGUUCCUGCUGCUCGGAGACCUCACAGAGAAGGAGGCUGGCCCGACCGGCGGGAAGCUGGCCUGGCCUGAGCGGGCCAACCGCGUGGUCCGUGCAGAUGACGUGGCCAAGGUCGACGGAGAGGAGACCACAGACAAUGUCUACGAAGACGUGGCGGAGACCGACGGGAAGAACCCGACCGAUGUCUUCGAUGGUAUGAUAAAGGUCGAGGUCGAGAGCCAAGCUCAAAUCUCCGAUGCCGUAGAGAAGGUCGACGGAGAGACCCCAGCUGAUGUCUCCGGUACAACAGGCGACAUCCCUGCCGAAGCCGUGGCGGAGACCGACGUAGAGACCCCCGCCGCUGUCUCCGGGACACCCCGCCAGCCGUCCGGCCCGCCCACCCGCCUGGAGGCCGCCGUGGAAGAGCAGACCUCUUGCCUGCGUGACCUGAUUACCAUCUUUCAGGAGCAGGCGGUGAAGUCUGAGGAGAAGGCGGAGGAGGUGAUCCACAGCCUGGAGGAGCUGGCCAAGGCGGUGAAGGGCGAUCAGGAAGUGUCCGAUUACACCCUGCUGACCAAGGUCCUGGACAGGCUGUGCCUUGUCCUGUACGUCAUCAGCGUUGCUGUGGCCGUGCCCAUUUCCAUGUAUCUGGGCAAGUAAAGAUAGUGUUCAGACCCAGUGGCUCCGUGAAUACGCCCGAGCACAAUCACAGCAUAACUGUUACUUAUUUACUUCAGCUUUGAAUGAUCUAUAUAUACAGCUAGAGCUGCCCAAUUGUUACAACGGGUUAGUCCGUC